UAAUAUAAUUUCUUUAUAAAUUCUCCAUUUUUUAUUGUGUGUUCAUCAAUGUCGCGAUAUUUCUUGAAUAAAAUGAUUGAUCACACAUUCUCCUUUUCUUCCUACACCACUUUCCUUAUAGUAGCAGCAGUAAUCUGCUGUUACGCAGUCGUAUCGUUAUCAUACUCCUUCUCUACUGAUGAUAAUCCUAUCAGACAAGUAUCAGAUGCAAGUCAACUUCACUUUCAAUACUCUGCUGAUGCUUUCUCUGCCGUUGAUCACCAUCAAGAUCAUGAUGAUGAUAAUUUUGAUGAUUUCUCCUUUGCCCCAUAUUACCCCAGUAUCAAAGUGGAAGCCAUAUAUCAGUUUGGAGAUUCAAUAUCUGAUACGGGUAAUUUUAUACGACAAAAUCCAAGCUCUAAUUUUGCUAACUUACCUUAUGGACAAACAUUCUUUCACAAGCCAACAGGACGUUGCUCUAAUGGUCUUAUCAUGAUUGACUAUAUAUCCAAGUUUUAUAAGUUGCCAUUACUUGAGCCAUACCUUAAAAAAGAUGGCAACUUUAAUCAUGGGGUUAAUUUUGCUGUUGCUGGAUCAACUGCACUAAACACUUCUGAUUUGGCUACGAAAGGGAUUAAACCAGGCCCCACCAAUAGUUCUUUAUUUGUUCAACUUAAUUGGUUUAAGUCUCAUCUUAAUUCCAUUUGCUCCACUCCUUCAGAAUGCAAGGAAAAACUAGCAAAGGCACUUUUUAUGAUGGGUGAAAUAGGAGGAAAUGACUAUAAUUGGGCUUUUAUUCAAAAUUUAACAAUGACUGAAACCUACAAUAUGGUGCCUCAAGUUGUUCAAGCUAUUAAACAUGCUGUAGAGGAAGUAAUUAAACUUGGUGCAAUGGGAAUUGUAGUCCCAGGAAAUUUUCCGAUAGGUUGUAUGACAUGUAAUCUAAACAUGUUCAAGACAGAUGACUUAACAAUGUAUGAUGAACUGAAAUGCCUAAAAAAUUUGAAUAAUCAUUCAAAUUAUCAUAACAAUAUGCUUCAACAAGCAAUUAAAGAACUUAGAAAGGAUCAUCCACAUGUUACAAUUGUCUAUGCUGACUAUACUUCAGCCAUGCAACAACUUCUCCGAGAUUCUGCUUCUCUUGGUUUUGAUGAAGAAAGAAUGCAAGAGGCAUGUUGUGUAAAGUGUGGAAAUAAAGGAGGUUCAGUUUGUGAAAAUCCUUAUAAACAUGUGAGUUGGGAUUCGGUGCAUCUGACGCAGCACGCUUAUCAAAUUAUGGCUAAAUGGCUGAUCAAAAAUAAUUUUCAUGAUUUAGGAGUAGUAAUUACCUCUAUGGCUAUUUCAACAUAUUCCAUUUCUUUUUAUUUUAUUUUUUUCUCACUAAUUUUUUCUUAUAUAUUUGUAAUGUUCUAGAAACAAUAUGAAUAAUGUUCAUUUACAAAUUACAGUUGUAAUAUUAGAGGCAAAUUAAAAAUUAAUAAAUUUUUUAAAGAUUUUGUACAAUUUUAAAAGUUAUGAUCUUUUUAUUUUGUAUCUUUAAAUACGUGACAUAUAUUACAUAAUUUAAUAUUAAGAUCUCUAUUUUUUUGAA